CGGCGGCCGAGCCGGAGCAACAUGGCGCCGGUGGGCGGGGGCGGGCGCCGGGGCGGCGGGCCGGCCCGAGGGCGCCUCCUCCUGGCGACGCUGCUGCUGCUGGUGCUGCUGUGGGCGCGGGGGGCCCGGGGUCAGAGCGACCCCCAGCGGGGCGCGAUCCUGGGCAUGAGGCUGGCGAGCUGUAACAAAUCGUGUGGGAUGAAUCCGGAUGGCAUCAUCUUCGUGUCUGAGGGCAGUACGGUGAACCUGAGGCUGUACGGCCAGAGGCUGGGCUCCAUCUCCAGCAACCUGAUCUCCUUCACCGAGGUGGACAACUCCGAGGCCACCCACAACUCCACCAACUGCCCCGAGCUCACCAAGGACCUGGUCGUCCAGCAGCUGGUCAACGUGAGUCGAGGGAACACGUCCGGGAUGCUGGUGGUGCUCACUAAGUUCCUCCGGAGGAGCGAGAACAUGAAACUGUAUGCACUGUGCACCCGGGCUGGGGUGGACGGGCCCUGGCAGAGGUGGACCGAUAAGGACUCGCUGCUCUUCAUGGUGGAGGAGGCUGGGAGGUUCCUGCCCCUCUGGCUGCACAUCCUCCUCAUUAUGGUGCUGCUGGUGCUGUCGGGCAUAUUUUCUGGUCUCAACCUGGGGCUUAUGGCCCUGGACCCCAUGGAGCUGCGCAUCGUGCAGAACUGUGGCACCCAGAAGGAAAGGCGCUAUGCCCGGAAGAUCGAGCCCAUUCGGCGCAAGGGCAACUACUUACUCUGCUCGCUGCUCCUGGGAAACGUGCUGGUCAACACCUCCCUCACCAUCCUUCUAGACAUCCUCAUUGGGUCUGGACUCAUGGCGGUGGCCUCCUCCACCAUUGGCAUUGUCAUCUUUGGGGAGAUUGUACCUCAGGCCUUGUGCUCCCGACACGGGCUGGCAGUGGGUGCCAAUACUAUCAUUCUCACCAAAUUCUUUAUGCUUCUCACCUUCCCCCUCAGUUUCCCCAUUAGCAAGCUCCUGGAUUUUGUUUUGGGCCAGGAGAUUCGCACUGUUUACAAUCGGGAGAAGCUGAUGGAGAUGUUGAAGGUAACAGAGCCCUAUAAUGAUCUGGUGAAAGAGGAGCUAAAUAUGAUCCAGGGUGCCCUGGAGCUACGGACCAAGACCGUGGAGGACAUCAUGACCCAGCUCCAAGACUGCUUCAUGAUCCGCAGUGAUGCCAUCCUGGACUUCAACACCAUGUCAGAGAUUAUGGAAAGUGGCUAUACCCGCAUCCCCGUGUUUGAAGAUGAGCAGUCCAAUAUUGUAGAUAUUCUCUAUGUCAAAGACUUGGCCUUCGUGGACCCUGAUGACUGCACCCCCCUCAAGACCAUCACCCGGUUCUAUAACCAUCCAGUGCAUUUUGUCUUCCACGACACCAAGUUGGAUGCCAUGCUGGAGGAGUUCAAGAAGGGGAAGUCCCACCUGGCCAUCGUGCAGAAGGUGAACAACGAGGGUGAAGGUGACCCCUUCUACGAGGUGCUGGGCCUGGUCACCCUGGAGGAUGUCAUUGAGGAGAUCAUCAAAUCUGAGAUCCUGGACGAGUCGGAUAUGUACACUGACAACCGAAGCCGGAAACGAGUAUCUGAGAAGAACAAACGUGACUUCUCAGCCUUUAAGGAUGCUGACAAUGAACUCAAGGUGAAAAUUUCACCUCAGCUACUUCUGGCGGCUCAUCGCUUCCUGGCCACGGAGGUUCCCCAGUUCAGCCCCUCUCUAAUAUCUGAGAAAAUCCUGCUUCGGCUGCUCAAGUACCCAGACGUCAUUCAGGAACUCAAGUUUGAUGAGCACAACAAAUAUUACAUCCGCCAUUACCUGUACACCCGGAAUAAGCCGGCUGACUACUUUAUCCUCAUCCUGCAGGGGAAGGUGGAGGUGGAGGCCGGGAAGGAGAACAUGAAGUUUGAGACAGGUGCCUUCUCCUACUAUGGGACCAUGGCCCUGUCCUCGCCCACCUCUGUGCCUUCAACCCAGGUCGGGUGUCCGCCUGGCAAGCGGAACUCCCUGCUCUCCUGGCUCUCAGGCUUUGCUCUUCAUUCUGUUGCUGCUGGUGUCUGCCUGCCAGGGGGAGGCAGCCGCCGGGCAGUUAGAAGUGCGGCCCUGGGCAGACUGCCCUGUUUGAAUGCUGUCUCUGCAGUUACUAGCUAAAUGAUUCCGGGAGCUGACUUACUCUAAGUCUUUGUUCCCUCUUGUGAAAUGGGAACAAUAUAUGUGCCCACUUCUUAGAAUUGUUAGGAGCAGUGAGAGAAUUGGUAUGAAAUGUUAGAGCUCAAUUGUUACUUCUGUUUUCUUCUUGAUUACAACUAAAAUGUGCUAUUCCAAUCAUAAACUAUUGAGGAAGAGGCCCAAUGCCAUAUACUGUUUCUGGCCUUUGCUGGGACACACUCUUGAGCCUUAUCCCAGAAUUGCUGGGCUGACUGAGUCAGUUCUCAGUCAUUUAUGUGGAGGCAGCAGAGGGUGGCAGAAGGUGCUGGUCUCACCAUCAGAAUUCUGGCCUGACCUGGUGAGCCCAGGGGAGGUUAAGAGCAUUACAAGUGCCUUUGAGCUCUAGUCUCGCUGUGUAACUUAAAGAAGCUCCUGAGGCCCUGACAGUCCUAUCACCAGAGUCCAUCUUUUCCCAUUUUAUAUUCGUACAGCUGGGUUUUUUCUCCUCAGCUGUACCAAAGGACAUGUUUUUAUCGAUUCUCUUUAAAAAAAAGUAAAAAGGUGAUUUAGAAGACACUCAGCCUUUUCAAACAGCCACCUUUUGGCUGUAAUAGAAGUGGGAAGCUGACAAUGGCCUUUGAGUGGGUGAUGUCCAAUCACAACAGAAUGGACCAUGUUGGUCCUCCUUGGCCAACAUCUCAGCCCCCUCUUCUCUCUUCUGCACUUGCUUUUGUGUCACACUGGCCAGGAGUUUAUGUAUACAUGGUUCAGAUCCUGAUGUUUGUACCUAAUAUGGGAACAGAGAUCCUUUUCCAUAAGCUUUCUGGUUAGAGCCACGCAGUAUUCCCCCAGGCACAUGUGCCUGCAUUUGUUAUUCCACCCCUUAUGUACGUUCAUUGGCGUCUAAAUAACACCAGGAUGUGUUGUGAAAAAACUUUCUCUGUGUUUAAGAUUAUGUUCUCAGGAUAUCCUUUCAGAAUGAAAUUACCAAGUCAAAAUCUCUUAAUUUUUUUUUACACAUUUAUAGUUCUGUUUUAAUCAUAAAAGCAAUGUAGCUUAUUUAGAAAGUUGAGCAAAUAGAAAAAGUCUUAAGAAAAUUAAGAAGUAUCAUAAUUUCGUUAUUCAGAAACGUUUCAUAUUUUGGUCUUUCUUUUUGGGCUUCUAUUUUUAAAGGGCCGUGUCACUAAUAUGUGUUGUUUUUAAAUUCAGUUUCUGGAGCAUUAAUAAGCAUUAAUAAAAGCAUUCCAUCAUCCAAGUGAUUAACAUGAAAUAUUAGGUAAUAUCUUUAGUAUUUGUGUUUCUUUUCUAGGACUUAAUCAGAGAUGUUAGGUUAGGAUAAGUGAUAUAUGCACACGAUCCUCUCUAAUGAUUGUACACCGCCCAAUCAUAGACUACCCAGACUAUAUUUUCCUAGUUUUAUGAAUGAAGCUCAAAGAUAGAGUAUUACUCAGUUCAGUCUCCCUCAGUUAAACUUGAAUUGGUCCUUCAGUCACCUGGAUUCAUUGUGUUUGCUGUCUUCACUGAACUAUUUGUUAGAAUAGCUAACUUAAUAGUUAGUAACCUAGUGGUUAAGUAAAUAAGCUUAGUGCACUUCCUGUUUGUUUAAAAGAAACCAGCAUGCCUUCACAAUUAACUUCUUUGUGCAUUUCAUUGUUUUCUAAGUGUUCUCAAAAAUAAGAGCUAAUGAUGUACAAUAUGGGUACAGUUCCUUUUUCAAAAUAAGGAGUCUGUUCCUUCCUCAUUUGUGGUUGAGUCAUCCCCCUUUCCUGGUUACAGUCGUCUGAAUGGAGGCCUGUGCUGCCCCUGGUCAUGGGAAGAGGCGCCUUCACCACUACCCCAGUCUUUGCCUCAAGGGAGGGGCACUUGGACCAGCCUGGAGAAAACCACCAGAGUGGGAGGCCUGGAGCUCUGGAGGCUCUAGGUUCCUGUGAGAGGAACCUGCUGCCCUUGUCCCUCUUGUCACAUUGACUGGGGCCAGCAGACACAAGUGGCUGGGACAGUUCCACCCAGAACAGGUCAUGUGCAGAACAUACUUUUGAUCUCUGAAAAGCAUUUUAAGGGGCACCUGGGUGGCUGGGUCAGUUAAGUGUCUGAUUCUUGAUCUCAGUUCAGGUCUUGAUCUCAGAUUCAUCAGUUCAAGCCACACAUUGGGCUCUGCGCUGGGCAUGAAGCCUACUUAAAAACAAAAACAAAAAACAAAACAGCAUUUUAAGAUGUGAAUAGGGCAUGGUGUUGUGAGGUCUGUGUGGAUGCUCAGGGAGAGGGUGCAAACUGUAUGUCUUCCUUUAAUAUAAUUUAAAAGUAUAUAGUGUAUGUCACCUGAUAUAAGCUGGUACAGAGACAAAGAUAGCGACUUGUCUGCCAUGGCAGGGUAAUCACUAUGUUGCUCUUGACUGAUUAGUUGUUGGGGAAAUGAGGGGUUGUGCAGCUAUAAACUUUCUGUGUCUUCAGUUUUUGUUUUCUGCUUUGGUAGGCUUUUUAAUACUUCUUGCACAACACUUCUAAACAAACUAACUCAUUUGCUUUGAUGAGGUCAGAUCUUCUACAGUUGGAGCUUCUGCUUGUCCUUAAGAACUGUUCCCAUUCCUGGUGGGGGCGCUGCUCCCGGGUGUCCGUGGGACAGGUUAGCAAGAGGUUGUGAGGGGCCACCGGGGGCUCCUGGCCUGACGACCUGUCUCUCC